GGCGGUGGCGGGAGGAGCCGUCGCCGCAGCCGUCGCCACCGUCGCCGCUCCGGCCGAGGGCAGAGUCAGCACCGCGGACAGCGACCCGUCGAGACCCCGCGGCUCUCCUCACCCCUCCGCACCCCUCUGCUCCCCACCAUGACGGCGGAGACCCACCUGCAGGGCGUGGAGAUCUCGGCCGCGCAGUUCUUCGAGAUCUGGCACCACUACGACUCCGACGGCAAUGGGUACAUGGAUGGGAAGGAGCUACAAAACUUCAUUCAGGAGCUGCAGCAGGCGCGGAAGAAGGCGGGCUUGGAUUUAACACCUGAAAUGAAAGCUUUUGUGGAUCAGUAUGGGAAGACUCCUGAUGGAAAAAUAGGAAUAGUUGAGCUCGCUCAGAUAUUACCGACGGAAGAGAACUUCCUGUUGUUCUUCAGAUGCCAGCAGCUAAAAUCAAGUGAAGACUUCAUGCAGACAUGGAGAAAAUACGACAGCGACCACAGCGGCUUCAUUGAUUCUGAGGAGCUCAAGAGCUUCUUGAAAGAUUUAUUACAGAAAGCAAAUAAGCAGAUUGAAGACUCAAAGUUAACAGAAUACACAGAAAUAAUGCUCAGGAUGUUUGAUGCAAACAAUGAUGGAAAGCUGGAGCUUACCGAACUGGCCAGACUACUCCCUGUACAGGAAAAUUUUCUUAUUAAAUUUCAGGGUGUCAAAAUGUGUGCAAAAGAAUUCAAUAAAGCCUUUGAGAUGUAUGACCAAGAUGGCAAUGGCUAUAUAGAUGAAAAUGAACUCGAUGCACUACUGAAGGAUCUCUGUGAAAAGAACAAAAAGGAAUUAGACAUUAACAACCUUGCAACAUACAAGAAAAACAUCAUGGCCUUGUCUGAUGGAGGAAAGCUUUACCGAGCGGAGCUGGCUCUUAUUCUCUGUGCUGAGGAAAACUAGAACUCUUCUCUCAUGUCCACUUAACUAGUGAUGUACUCUAUCUACACAAUAACUGUGCACUAUAAGGGAGUAGGCUGUAUUUUUAAACUGCAUAUAGAAAAUUAGCCAGGAUGUGUGGCACAUUCCUUUCAGUUUGUUUCUAUACUGUUUGUAAUGUACAGUUUUUGUAACAAUAAGAUUGAUAAAGAGAAUGUCUAUGUUUGGGCCAGUCUGUAUAUUCAAAAAGAAACUAAAACAUGUUGGGGGUUGGUUUUGGUUCUGGUUUGGUUUUUUGUUUUGUUUUGUUCUGUUUUGUUUUUCUUUCAUAAACA